AUGGCGAAAGCAACAGAGCAGAAACAAAACUCUCUAACCGUGGAAGAGACCAAGCUUGAUGUCCACGAAGUCACCACUUACGGCGAGGAUAACCGUCACGGAAGCCGACGCAACGACGUGGCAAUGGUCGUAUUAAGAGCCAUGUGUAUGGCCGUAUCGACGGUGGCUGUGUCGUUAAUGGUGACAGCUCGUGAAACUAGCAUGACCACUCUCUACGGUUUUGAGUUUCAGCUCCACGCCGUUUGGUCUCUCUCAGAUUCCCUAAUAUAUCUAUUGGUGGUUUCAUCAGCGACGGUUCUUUACUCAUUGAUCCAACUGAUUAUAAGUGGAACAAGAGUAAUGAGAAAACUUCCGGUGAUUCCGACAAGAACACAAGCAUGGUUCUGUUUCGUUGCGGAUCAGAUGUUGGGAUAUGCUAUGAUUAGUGGAGGCUCUGCUGCUUUAGGAGUAACGAAUAUGAACAGAACAGGAAUCAGACACAUGCCUCUCCCUAAUUUCUGCAAAUCUCUUGAGUUUUUCUGUGACCAUUUAGCUAUCUCCGUCGUCUUCGCUUUGUUCGCGUUUCUUCUCCUCGCCGUUUCUUCUCUUCUCAACGUUCUCCGUCUCUCACGCGACCGCUAA